AUGGGACUCUCCAUUUCCCGCAACGUAGAAGAAAGAAGAAAGACGAAUCCCCAUUCCCCGUCUCAAAAUCUCGGCAUCCGAACAGCAGCCCAAAAUACAAAUACAAACCCCCAUCGUCCCGAUGGAUUGUACAAAUUCCCAUCAAAAGUGCGCGCGAUUAUUUUCUUCUACGUCCUCUACGAUUCUUGGCAUGGAAAAUCGCCAAAUUUUCUCAGAGCCUUGAGGGGAGAUUGUGGUUUAUAUUUUGAGGCCCUGCCGGUUUUUUAUAAGCAUAAUGUUUAUGAAUUACAGGGUAUUCAUCAUCUUAAGAGGGGUAGAGAAGUGGGGUUCUUGCGGAGUGUUCAAAAUUUACGGUUUAAAAUCCCUUUGAAGGAUCCAAGAUUUUCCACGAAAAGUAAUAAUUUGCAAGUAUCCACAGAGCGAACAAGCCUCUUGAAAGCCGUGAAGCUAUUUCGUCCCGAGCCGAGCAAUCGCUUGUAUUUCUCACUUGUGGGCACAUGGCCUUUACCCCGAAGGGAUUCCCCACGCUUCUCGCUCGCAGACGCCAUCAACAUGUAUGUAAACUACGCUGAACGACUCGAAACAAUGCGUCGAUGUUUCGAGCGAUUUCGUCAAAAGUGCACGGCAUCGUCUGGGUAUACAAGUGUUCAUGCUGCUCCCAUUUUGUCAAUCGCGUUCGAGGAACCUCAUGUGAGACGAAGUGGGUUGGUUAUACAUCACUUGUUAGAAUAUCUACGUUUUUAUAUACCGAUGAGAGAGCAAAGACUCGCAUCUGUUAAUUCAUCGGGUUCUACGACGUGGGAAUGGGAAACGGAGUGGGGAAAUGAUUUGGUGAUGCAAUUCAGAUCAGCUCAUCCAGGCACGAAAAGGAGAGAAUGGCAUCUACCAUGUACUAUUCGGGAAAUGCUGGAAAGGGAUCAUGAAUUUUGGGUACAGCAUUGUCUUCAACAGAGUGAACGUUAUGGUUUUCUGCAGCUUCAUUAG